AUGCUUACAACCAACACAAGACCUGACAAUUUCACUUACGCUUGUAUUGUACGUGCAUGUUCCGAGAAUUUCGAUUCUGCUGGCCUGAGACUUGCUCAUGGGAGGGCCAUAGUCUCUGGGUUAGGAUCGGACUCUGUUUGUGGCAGUGCUCUUGUGACAGCUUAUUCUAAAUUCGGCCUUGUCAAUGAAGCCGGUGGAGUGUUUAAUGGGAUUUCUGAACCCGAUUUGGUUUUGUGGAAUUCUUUGAUUUCUGGUUAUGGGUAUUCUGGUUUAUGUGAUAAAGGGAUGCAAACAUUCAACGCAAUGCGGCGUGCUGGGAAGAAGCCAGACGGAUAUACAAUAGUUGGGUUGCUUUUAAAUGUGGCAGAUUCUAGCUUGCUCAGAAUUGGUCAUGGAAUACAUGGUCUAAGUCUGAAAAAUGGGUUUGAUUUUAAUUCUCAUGUAGUUAGUUUGCUGGUGAACAUGUACUCGAGAUGUAAGUGCAUGACUUCAGCUUACAAAGUCUUUGCAAGUAUAUUCCAACCUGAUUUAGUUACAUGGUCUGCUCUGAUAGCUGGAUAUUCUCUGACUGGAGAUUAUGUGAAGGCUCUGCUUUUUUUCAGGGAAUUGAACAUGAAAGGCAAGAAGGCAGAUACCGUUUUAAUUGCUAGUGUAUUGGCUUCUAUUGCUCAGUCAGCAAAUGUAGGGCCUGGACGUGAGAUACAUGGUUAUGUUCUUCGGAAUGGAUUGGGAUCAGAUGUCAUGGUCUCUUCUGCUCUUGUAGACAUGUACUCAAAGUGUGGUUUCUUGCACUCAGGAACUAGAGUUUUCGAAUUGAUGCCAAAGCAGAAUAUAGUUUCUUAUAAUUCUAUAAUUUCAGGUCUUGGCUUGCAUGGAUGUGCCUUUGAGGCUUUCAGGAUUUUUAAUAAGAUGCUCAAUAAAGGUGUAGUACCUGAUGAGUCCACUUUCUCCUCUCUCCUUUGUGCUUGUUGCCAUGCCGGCCUUGUCCAAGAUGGCCGGGAGCUUUUCAGGAGGAUGAAAUAUGAGUUUGACAUUGAAGCCAAAACUGAGCAUUAUGUUUAUGUGGUGAAACUUCUAGGGAGUGCAGGGGAAUUAGAAGAGGCUUACAAUCUCAUUCAGUCCUUGCCAGAACCUGUAGAAGAAGGCAUCUUGGGAGCUCUCCUAUCAUGUUGUAAUUCAUGUGAAAAUUCUGAUCUGGCAGAAACCAUAGUUCAUCGGCUUUUUGAGAGCAAUCCUGAUAAUGAUGUUUACAGGGUUAUGCUUUCUAAUAUCUAUGCUAGUGAUGGUAGGUGGGAUGAUGUGAAGAAAGUGAGAGAUAACAUAACUGGUGGUCUGAGAAAAUUGCCUGGACUAAGCAAGAUUGAAGGCCAGUUUUGCAAACAGUGA